AUGGCAUCCAAUUUUGAGCCAUCCAUUCAGAGUUGCUGUGACUUCAUCUAUGAUUUUUCCUGCUCGCCGUGUGAAGAGAACGGAUUCAACACAGAAGCUCACCAUUAUUGUACUCAAUGCACAAAAUAUUACUGCGAGAACUGUGUUUCAAAACAUAACGGAUUAUAUCAGAAGCACGCGGUGCUUGGACGGGAGGACGUGAAGAAAUGGGAGGCAGCCCCAGGGGUGGUGGACAGCCUGAUGAGAUGCGUGAGGCACAAUGGUGAGGAGCUGAAGUUGGUUUGUGGUGACCAUGACCAGCUAUGUUGUCAGAUCUGCGUCGCCGUGGAACAUAGAAAUUGCUCCAAAAUCCAACAUAUUCCAGAUGUAGCUAAAGGUAUUCAGGGGAAUGUUAAGUUCCAGCAAAUUACAAAGAUGAUGGCUGAAGUUCAAGAGCGACUCGAGAAGAUGAAAGAAUCUCACGUGAAAAAUACGACAUCACUGAAAAGAACGCGGUCAGCCAUUUCUGAUGAAAUUAAAACCAAACGUAAUAAGAUCAACACAAUCCUAGACAAUAUUGAGAAGACAACAUUAGGAAACUUGGAAGAAAUGAUAACUGAACUUGACGAAUCUUUGAAGACUGAUAUCAAAACUUGCACUCAAAUGAAUAUCCAACUACAACAUAUGAUUGACACUUUUCAAAUGAAAGCAGAAUCAAGCGAGUCCAAGUCAUACAUUGCCUACAGAAAGAGCCAGGAUUUUAUUUCACAGGCAAAUUAUCAUCUUCGAGGCAAGUCAGUCAUUGAGAGUUUCAAUGUUACAUUUCAGGAAAACUACCUUAUUGAAGAACUUCUAUCCUUAAUAAAAAUAUUUGGAAAACAAACAUUAAUAGCGAAACAGCCAGAAGGUCCACUUACCGAUUUAAACCACGUCUUCAAUAUUGCAGAGAAAAAGGAAUACAACGUGAAGAUGAACGACGAAGGACAUUGUUUUAUCCAUGGCGUAUGUGAAAUGCCUAGUGGAGAGUUUGUUAUAGCAGACAAAAUGAAUUGCAAGGUAAAGCUUCUGGACAAGGAGUGUAGAGUGCUCGACCACUGUGAUGUCCCGGCUUAUCCAUCGCACGUAUGCCAUAUAGAUGGGAAUGAAGUAGCCGUUUGUCAUAGUUCAUAUGAUGACGAACAUGAAAUUCAUUUCAUUAAAGCUACGAACGGGAAACUAGUAACAACGAGGAAGUUAAGUUUCAAACAUAGAUGUUAUGCCGCAGCCUAUCAUGGUGGCCUGCUUUAUGUAUCAUCUGGUUACGCCCUGUACGUGUACACGAUGUCGGGACAGAAGGUGAAGAAGCUGUACAAGGACACGGAUGGGGACAAAACGGUGGUGAAAUUUGUCCUCAGUAACGACGGGAAAACAAUUUACAUAACAAACAAGGAUGCACAUCAAUUGAUCACCCUUGACAACAACGGCAACAAGUUGGCCUCAAUCACUGACCCUGACAUGAAAAAACCUACCGGAGUACACGUGACACCUGCUGGACACGUGUUCGUGUGCUGCUAUGACUCCGGCAUAGUGAUGCAGGUUGACACGGGACUGCAAGUCGGGAAGGCAAAGUUGAUCACACUGGCAAGGGAAAAAGAUGGACUUGAAAGUCCGAGAGAUAUAUACUUCAGCACUCACACUUCCUCUCUGGUUGUCGGUGGGUACAAAGACACCCUUCUUGUUUUCAAGAUAAUCUAA